AUGUCUGGUAUUAACAGUAGGAACGCUUCCGGGUUACGUAAUUUAGAUAAUACAAAUCUCCUCUCACCGUAUGUUACGGGGGAGAUGACUGGAUUCGAUGAUGCUGCAAAGAUAAAGGGGUUCGCUGUUGGAGAAUUUAAACAUUUAUCAAACGAAAAUGGCGAGUUAGAAGUCAACUCUGUUGAAACCACCUCUGGAUGCUUAUCUUCCAGUAACGAAAACGGCGUUGUAAGUAUCGAAUUACUUUACGACAACAAGAGACUUGAGAUUGACGAGAGUAAUCAGUUGACCACAGUCGACGUAAACGCGCGUCCACCUCUUGUCUACUCAAAAGAGGAUCAUGGUAUUCAACUUCAGAUUGAUGAUUCAUGUUUAACUGUAGAGGAAGAAAAACUAAAAGUCAUUCCGGACAGUUAUGAAUUUCCACUCUACAGGGAUGCCGAAUCACGGACGGUUGGUUUACAGGCAGAUGAGACAUUAUCCAUUAAUGAGAAUGGUCUAUCUGUAAACUUCCCUCCUCCAGAAACGCUCAAGAAACCAUUGUUUCGUGACCAGAGCGGCCUUGGAAUCAAACUCCACAAAAGUCUAAAGGUGAACAAUGAAGACGAAUUAGAAACCAAUACUAGUCAACUGUUCAAAGCAUUCGGCGCAAUAAAGACAUCCAGCGGUGCUGAUACGCUGUUAGACAUCGGAUCAUCAUGGCUAGACUUUGGAUUCAAUAGUUUGACCGAUAUGACUGAUUUUUUGGGAGAGGUUGACACGACAGCGAUUAGAUUGAUGGUAGACAGUUCCACUUUUUCUCAAGUGGGUUCUAGAUUGUCGCUGAAAUCCCCAGGUUAUGAGCAGGUGUUAUUUGGAAAUCUUCAGUAUGGAUACUCUGCCUCCUCAAAUCUUACCUUUUCGACAACAUUGCAAGAACUGCGUGUUCCUAAUGUGAAAAUAAUGGGAACGCUGCCUGGAAUAGGUGGAGGAAGUUAUGCAGUCACAAAAGACUAUCUUUCAAACUUUUAUCAAGGAUCAUUAACAGGCGCGGUCGCCGUUGGACCCGAAUCGGUAGGACGUAGGGAGAUAGGCGUUCUCGUUGACAACCAAACAGUACGGAUUCUUGGGAACCGUUUAACCGGUGGCUACAUUUUUCAAGAUUUUAAUGGAGUGACCGUUCGCCCAGGGACUACAAACGAUAUUCAACUUUCCCUUAAGUGUGAGGCUGGCAGUUUUCUUCAAAUGGUCAAAGCAGAUACCAUUAAAGACGUACUGACUUGCAGCAAUGGUCUCGAGAGAGUACAGAAUGACCUUCAACUCGAUCUAAAAGUUGAUGCUAACAGCGGUUUGGCUAUGGUCAACAGGGGUACCAUACGGGAUACCUUCACAGCCUCCCAAGGAGUAACACGGGUGGGCAACGAUUUUAGACUCUCGUUAACAGCCCAGUCUCCAGAUUUAACCCUCAAUAAUGGUGUUCUAAGUUCUAAUAUAGCAGCCGGGAUAGGCCUCCAGAAGAACGGUGCCAUUCUAUCUACUAAUCUCCGAGGUAUAAAUGGUGUACAAGUCAGCGGCGACUUGAUUUCAUGUUCACUUACAGGAAGUGAUACCGUUCUUCGAGUGGGUGAUACGCUGAAAGGCAACUACAUUGGCUCGACAAAUUCGUAUGGAAGUGUCGUAGUUGUAGGGAAUACGAUUCAGUAUAAUAUGAUUCCUCCUCAGUUGGUAUCUAAUUCGCCAAAUUUGAUAAUUACUGGCUCAUACCCAUUGUUUAACUUCACCUUGAUUGACCCCACGCCGUUAUCGAAGCAAAGGGAUACAGACAAUACGGAGCAAAGUGACACGGGCGAAGUGUUGAAAACUGAUGUUCCUGGUGGGAAUGUGGUCGUAUUGUCUGGGGCUACACCGCUGACUACCAUUCCAUUUCCUGCGAUCGUAUCUCCACCACUGACAGUCCCUAUGGCUGUAAACUCCAUCCUCCCAAUCGUCUCAACGUUCCCUUGGGGAAUGAUUUUCGGAGGGUCACGCAAACGUAAGGUUCAACGAGAUGCGGAAGGACAACCUAUACUCGAUGGCGAUGGAAACCCCGUUUACGAACCAAUAGACCCUGUUACCUUCAUGCCACCACUUGAACCCGGGAGCAAUGUCGCAAUUGCUUCUGAUCCAAUAGGAGGUUGUACUCGUCUCUUGUUUGAUACGCCUUCAUGUUAUCGAGGCAUCAAAUACGAAUACCCUCAGCAAGCAAUCAAUCUCUCGAUGUUAAGAGAUUAUGACAAUGAUGUUAUCAAACCUUGG